AUGUCGGACGUCAAGAGCCUGCAGCCAGACCUUGACAGGUUGGACGCGCAGAUUGACGGAAUUGAAGAUGCGCUGCAGCCUCUUCUACGUACGCUUGAAAAGCCUUCCCAACUCCCUCUCCUGGACAAGGCGAAACUGUUCUCACUCACAGCAUAUACUAUCGAGACAUUGCUUUUCUCGUCAUUAAAGCUGCAGAAUGUUAAUGCCCAAGAGCAUGCUGUUUUCACUGAGCUCAAGAGAAUCCAACAGAAAUUUGCAAAGAUCAAGGCUGCAGAGGCGCCUCAGGAAGAACGGAAAACAACCGUAAAUCAGGAGGCCGCAGCACGUAUCCUGAAGGCCGACCUGGGCAGCAAUAGCAAGACUCUGAGCAGCAAGCUGGCGGAGAAGAUUGCCGAGGAGCGAGCCAAGGCGCUGCUCAAGUCAAUGGAAGCUUCGAAAGCAGCUAACAAGAAGCGGCCUGCGGAGGAUUCACCUGGUCCAUCUGCAUCAGCCACAGCAGAUGGCUCCAAGGGCGGUAAGCAAAAGAAGCAGAAGCACAAACACAGGGGCAAGAAACAUUAG